AUGGGGCCAAUUCGAGUGGUGACGGGGCACCUCUCUCCCAUCACCAAGGCCGCCUUACGAUGCACCCAGCCGACGACGGCGUCACGGGCAGUCUUCUCGACGUCGCACCGCGUUGAGGCUUCUCGCAACCAAGUAUAUGCAUCGGUGCGAAACGCCGACCAACUCCAAACAUAUCUGCUGCUCUCGUCGACGUCGCGAACCCCCCUCCUGACGCUCUGGACAACGUCCUGGUGCUCAACCUGCCGCGUCGUGGCACCACUCCUCGAGCAUCUCGUCGAGUCGGGCGUCGGUGAGGCCGAGGGCGGCGUCAGCUACUGCACGGUCGAAUAUGACGCGCCCGAUGUCAUGGAAACCGGGCUGGGCCUGACCUACAUGAUCAACUCGAUCCCGACGCUGCUGAGCUUCGACGCGCAGGAGCCGCAGAUCCAGACCAAGGUUGCCGACGGCAGGCAGUUGUCCGACCGCAAGUUUUUGGAAGAGUGGAUCAGGAACGAAGCGCGGCGGCACGGUAAUAGGGGCGGCGGCGACGGCGGAGGCCGGAGUCCGUUGGGCUUUCUCAGUGGGAUUUUCGGCAAGCCGAAGUAA